CCAACCACACCUACUUCGCUCAUUCCCUGUUCAGAGUUUCAGCUGUAAUUUGCGAUAUUCUUAAACGUAAGAAAAGUUUUUUGCAAGAAUGAGGAAGCUGGCAAUUGACUGUGAAAUGGUGGCCAGUGGGAACCAGCACAUCUUGGCCAAGGUGGCGUUAGUAGACGAAAAUCUAAGGGUCAUUUUGGAUACAUUUGUGUCACCUACAGCUACGGUGACCGAUUAUAGAUACGAUUUAACUGGAAUUAACCCAAGCGACCUACGAAACGCCCCCAGUUUUUCGAACGUCCAAGCAAAGGUCAGGAACGAAAUAUCCGGAUGCCUUCUGAUUGGCCACUCUGUCGCCGAUGUUGAUUUGAAGAUGUUGGGACUCACGCACCCUUCUCAUAACAUUCGAGAUGUUGCCCAGUAUCCGCCAUUUAAAAAGUAUAACCCCUACGGUGAAAAGCCGUCUCUGAAGGUCCUCGCUGAAAAAGUCUUAGGAGAGCGCAUCCAAAAUGGCGCUCACGACCCAGUGGAAGACGCUCGCACUUGCAUGAAAUUGUACAACAAAUAUAACUGGUAGUAAACUGGAAGAAUGUGCUAGAAAGGCGCUACAUAAAAUACCUACUUAUUUUUGCAGUGUAUCAAUAAUUACUACCUAGCGCCAUCUACAUUUUUUAUUAGGAAACCAACAUGUUAUACUUCAAUUAAAAACGUACAAUUAU